AGAGUACUCCGGAUGUCAGAAGCCUCAUCUGAUCACACUCCACUUUUAUCAUGAUCCGCUUCCUCCUCUAACCAAAAAUACGGCAAAAUUACGCACUACUCCAGCCUUGAUCAUGAUUAUAUUGAAAAUCUGAGCGUGUGUUUGUACUUUGGUUGACUUUUUGUUACUUUUUGCUGACUUUGAAGUUGCCCAAUCUCCAAAGAUGUAACGGUGGAGCUUCACUGUAUCCACCGCGAUCUGCAUGGACUGGAAACAAGCAAUCUUUUUCAGAUGGAAGAUUUGCCGUGUUUUAGCUGAUAACGGGAUACUUUCAUCUCUCUUUUGAGAAUGGCUGACCGUCCAGUCCUCUGACCAUGUCCGUGAGCGAGUUGAUUGAGCUCAGAGACCUGGUACCGACCCGGGAUGGCAUUGAGCUGACGGGGUCCCGCUCCCCGUGCUCCCCUCCACGCCUGGAGAGGACCAAUGCUUUGAGGAUCAGUGCGGGGAAAGUACCAGAGCUGCUGAGUCGGGUGGGCAUCAUCAGGGUCCUGAGCAGCCGCAGCGACCCCCAGCCACCCGAGGAGAGGGGGGAGGGCCACAACUUUCAACCAUGCAGCCAUACUCAGCCCACCUGGUGUGACCUGUGCGGAGACUUCAUCUGGGGACUGUACAAGCAGAGUCUGCGCUGUGUUAAUUGUAAAUUCACUUGCCACUACCGCUGCCAGCCCCUCAUUCAGCUGGACUGCAUCUGGGACCAGGGCACUCUCUCUGAAAACACACACGUCGUCGAGCACACAAUAGAGACUGACACAAAUGUGGAUGAACAAACUGAAUGGGCAAAGCAGGAGUUGACGACUCCAGACAUUCAGCAAAAAGUGAAGGAAUACAACGCACAGAUCAACAGCAAUUUAUUCAUGAAUGUGAAUAAGGAUGGCUCUUAUACGGGUUUCAUAAAAGUGCAGUUCAAAUUGGCGCGUCCUGUUUCAGUUCCUCCUCCAAAGAAAGAGACUGGGAGGAAGUCGGCAGGGGUGAAGCGCCGCACCUCUUUUUAUCUGCCCAAAGACGCCUCCAAGCACCUGCACAUCAGUUCCCGCACCACGGCCCGCGAGGUCAUCGAGGCCCUGCUCAAGAAGUUUACCGUGGUCGACAAUCCAGGGAAGUUUGCUCUGUUUGAGCGAAGUGAACGCCAUGAUCAAGUUUAUCUCCGUAAGCUGUCUGAUGAUGAGCGACCUCUGCGCUUGCGCCUUGGUGCUGGACCCAAUGAAAAGCUGCUGAGUUUUGUCUUGAAGGAAAAUGAAACUGGAGAAGUCAAUUGGCACGCCUUCUCGAUGCCAGAGCUGAAGAACUUCCUGCGUAUUCUUCAGCGCGAGGAAGAGGAGCACGUGAAGCAGAUCGUGCAGCGUUACGCACUGGCCCGCACACGGAUGCAGGAGGCUCUGUCCGGCUCGACUCCAGGCUGAGACCAACGCUCCUCGCCGGGAUUUUGGACAUGCUCCGUUGGUCUGGACCACCCCCAGUACCUCGUGGCUACAUCUAAAGAUCCCAGAGAAACCAAGUCUGAACGCCUCUUCGGUGACUGAGCGAGUGAGCGAGUCAGAGAGCGAGAGAGAGAGCGAGACAGGGCAGGCGCGAACUGUGCGAGUGUCGUGAAGUGCCUUUCACCUGGAGAGUCUGAAGUGCCUGAAUGAGUUGUGAACAGAUGAGGACUGGCAGAUGAGCUAAUGCUGGAUGUAGUAGUGUCUUUAAAUAUAUCAAAUUUAUAUUAUAUAGUAUAGUAAAAGCCCUAUUUAUGUCAGAAAUCACCUGCUGAACAAAUAAGAAAAAUAUGCAAGUAUGAGCAGGUCAGGAACUUUUCUAGUGGAGUCUGCUACUUACUUGUCUCCAUGCCAUGAUCUUAUAGCUUUACCUGGAGUGUUUCACAGUAUGGCAUUAAAACUGGAUCUACAAGAUAUUUCUCAAAAUUUUAAGCUUUAUAAAUGCAAAUGGUUGGUUUAAUGCGCUACUGUGGAACAUUCCAGGCGAAACGAUAACAUCUUCAUGUAGACACAUAGGUGACAGACUCUCCUCCAGAAAAGUUACCUUGUGCACUUUUAACUUUUGUCACUUUUAAAGGUCAACCCAGAGUUUUACCAUUUUAACCACCACUUUAGUGAAAUGUUACUGUUAAUAAAAGGCACACUUAAAAUCCCCAGCAUUUAUUUGUUCUCUAUCACUGCCAUGUCCUCUCUAUACCCCCGAUGGGUUCAACUCAAUGGUUUUAUUUUUUUAUUAUUUUUUAUUUUUCAACAGUUGAUUUGGAAGAACGACUGUGUGGACAUAUGUACGCUGUUAUGCAUGUUUGAGAGUAAUGUUACACCCUGGUUUGACUGGACCUUCUUGAAUGACUACGUUGACUUGUUUCAACCUUUCAUUGUCCUUUGUCAGUACUGUCUUUAUACUGUUCUUUAACAAAAUGUCUCACUUUUUCAGUUUCUUAUGUAAAAUCUCUCUAUGCACAUAUUUACAUGUUUAAGCUAAAUCCACAAACUGUGCCAAUGUCUUUUACAAUCAGUAAAGGAUUAUUUACAUUCUCUCAA